CUCAUCCCACCAUCAACCACCAACACCUCUUGCCUUCCGGCCACACCGCCAACCCCAGAGCACACCCGCUCUGACCCACUCUCCUGCGCAUCUGCCUCAGCGCACUGCCCUCAAGCACACAGGCGACCUUAUCGCCACCGCACGCACUCGGUCGCCCAGGCAUAUCGCAUCUCCACCUGCGCACGCGCCGCAAUGGAUGCCUCUGGAACUCCCACUCUUCCCGGCCGAGCCAGGGCCUCUCCAACCGCUGCCACCCCCGGCUACCCAGAUGACAUUCGCCAACUCUUGACCAUGGGACAGCAGCGAAGCUUCUCGCUGAUGGAUUUCCAUGAGAGCACCACGACCCAGUCGGCAAAGGCCAUGCGCCUGUCGCUCAACAAGCUGGUCAGUCAAAUCCAUGAGGAAAACGAGAACGAGCGCUUUGCCCAUGAAAUGGACGCUUUCUUCCAGCUCUUCACUCGAUACCUCGCAGAAAGUGUCAAGGGCAACAAGCUGAACUGGGAAAAGAUCAAGACCCCUGCGUCAGACCAGAUCAUUCUGUACGAUACGCUUACUCCUGUCGAGCCGCCCAAGAAACGUGACUAUCUCAGCAAGCUCGCCGUCCUCAAGCUGAACGGUGGCUUGGGAACCACGAUGGGCUGUGUUGGUCCCAAGAGUACAAUCGAGGUUCGCAACGGCAUGUCGUUCCUGGACCUCACCGUGCGCCAGAUUCAGUACCUCAACAGCCAACACAGCGUCAACGUGCCUCUUAUCUUGAUGAACUCGUUCAACACGGAUGAAGAGACCAACCGCGUGAUCCAAAAGUACCAGGGCCAGAACGUCGAGAUCAAGACCUUUAACCAGAGCCGAUUCCCGCGCAUCGUCAAGGAAACCCUUCAGCCCCUUCCAACCAGACCCCACGGCCACGAGGGCCUCUGGUAUCCUCCCGGCCACGGUGACAUUUACGAGUCCCUGACCAACUCGGGCCUUCUUGACGAGCUUUUGUCCCAGGGCAUCGAAUAUGUCUUUGUGUCCAAUAUCGACAACCUUGGAGCCACCGUCGACACCACCAUCCUUCAGCACGCCAUCGACACCGACUCGGAGUUUGUCAUGGAGGUCACGGAUAAAACCAAGGCCGACAUCAAGGGCGGAACCCUCAUCGACUAUGACGGAAACAUCCGGCUGCUCGAGAUUGCCCAGGUGCCUCCGGAGCAUGUAGAUGAUUUCAAAUCAAUCAAAAAGUUCAAGAUCUUCAACACCAACAACCUCUGGAUCUCGCUCAAGGCCAUCAAGCGCCAGGUCGAGGAGCAGAAUCUGAAUCUCGAAAUCAUCGUCAAUGCCAAGACCACCGACACCGGCGAGAAAGUCCUCCAGCUCGAGACGGCGGUUGGUGCUGCCAUCAAGCAUUUCCGGGGAGCCCACGGCGUCAACGUCCCCCGGUCCCGGUUCCUGCCGGUCAAGUCGUGCUCGGACCUGUUCCUCAUCACCUCGGAUCUGUACGUGCUCCGCCACGGUGAGCUGGUGCUGAACCCCAAGAGACCCUUCAGCAGCGUUCCCAACGUCAAGCUGGGCGACCAUUUCAAGAAGGUGCAGCAGUUCCUCAGUCGCUUCGCUGGACCGCCGCACAUUCUUGAGCUCGACCACCUGACAGUCACGGGUGACGUAACUUUUGGCCACGACGUUACGCUUCGAGGCACCGUCAUCAUCGUUGCAAAUCACGGCGAGCGAAUCGAUGUGCCAUCCGGGUCGAUCCUGGAAGACAAGGUUGUUUCGGGCAACCUCCGAAUCCUCGAUCACUAGAAGGACAAAGCAGGAUCGGAGAGGAAGGACACGGAUUGAUUGUUCUUUUUUUCAUUUUUGUCAACUUGGGUUCAAGAAAAGCCGCUGGGAUCCAACAGAAUGGGGGAG